CCUACUGUAACAGCGUGACGUCAUCGUUUGCUUGCACAGACAGUCAGCCAUCAUCAUCACAUGAUUCCGCUUAGCUCGUCCUAGUCAUGGCUCUGAACAUGACUGUGGUCAACCUGAAGGCUAUUGUCUUAGGACAUUGGGUACUCACAGUCUGGGCAUGCAUGGGUGGUGUGAUACAAUGGCUGCCAUCCUCCUACCAGUGGUGCAACUUUACCGUGUUAGCUGUGGGAGUCUGGGCUGUGGCACAGAAGGACUCAGUAGAUGCCAUCUUCAUGUUCCUUGCAGGCAUGACAAUUAGUAUCCUGCUUGACAUCAUCCACUUUGGGAUCUACUAUGGCAGAUCCAUCCAGAACCAGAAUGCUCAGCCUUCAGUGCGAGAUGAGUUCAGAUUUGCUGUUGGCAUGGCCAUUCUCAACCUGAUCCUGAAACCCUUCACCUGUCUGCUGCUGUACCAGAUGUACCGCGAGAGAGGAGGCGAGAUGUACAUGAACUUCGAUGCUGCCCAGGAGAGGUAUGGCCCGCUGGACAGUUCCACAGAAAUCCCCCCGCCGCCCCAGCCCGUCCCCCCACCACCCCAGCAGAAAGGGCCAUCCUACAUGUACCAGGAUGUGCCGUGAUAACCAGAGCUCGAUAUCCAUUUUUGGGAAUAGGUGCACUGGUGCACCCAACCUAAAAAUUAGGUGCACAACAAUGUUUUUGGGGUGCACCAUAUAAAACAAAACUUCUCUUCAACUUCUCUUCUGAGCUUGAAACUGAAAUGGGAGCUAACUUCAAAAUCUUAAACAAGGACUACAACAAAGAUAGGUUUUAUCAUUUUUCUGACACUUAGAUGCCAAGAAUAUCCUGUAUACUAUUAUACGUCAUGUGAUAUGUACAAAAUACCUACAAAAAAUAUUUGGGUGCACCAGUGCAACUACAAAAAAAAAUUGGGUGCACAGCUCCAAUUAUUGGUGCACUAAGGUGCACAUGCACCCAGUAUUUCGAACCCUGAUAGGGGAACACAACCUCCAGGUUACACUUCAACCAGCACAAAAUGUCUACAGGUUAAUACAUAAAGUAGUCCUAGAUUGAUGCAUCAUGUGCUGGUUGAAAUGUAAACUGAUUUCAGGACUCAAAUUGGUAAAGCACACCUAUAACUAAUAACCAAGAGUGAUGGCUACAUUGUUGUUUGUUCUAGUUUUGUGUGCAGGGCUAACUCCAACAUCUGUCCCUCCUUUGAUGGAAUUUAUGUACAGAUUUCAACCAUGACAAACAAAAAUUGACAUGACUUGAUUUUUUCAUCACAUUGUCAACAGUGCCACAAAUUUUUCUUACAAUCUUCAACUGAAGCCAUUUGAAAUUUGCCCCCAUAGAACACAGGAAAUAGCAGAUAAACAGGUUGAAGUCAGCUUUUUAAAGUUUCAAAAUUUCUGAAGGUAACAUGCCAUACACCAUCAAACUAAAAGGACAGAGAAAAUGAUUAGAGCUGGAGUGAGCCCUGUUUGUGUGUGACGGCACCUUCAAGGGUAUUUGUAUAUUCAUGAAAUUGGCCACUUUUCAUCAAGGUCAUGAUGAAAGAGCCAAGGCUCCCACAAAAUAUAACUAAGAUUACAUUAACCUUGUAUUUUCUCUUUGUGUAUCAUUGUUGUAUUAAGGCUGCUACUGGUGAUGUGGAUCUUGUAUGCUUAUUGGCUAAAAGGUAAUUAGAUGUAUAUCUUAUAAUGGUGAAGUGCUCACUGAUAUUUAUAUUAUAAGCAUUGUGUGAAUUUCCAUUUACGUACCUGUUACGUUUUAGUAGGACAUGUGAGAUGUAAAAUAACCUUAGGGAUAGUUGUUCUUGUGUACAGAUACAGUGCAUAUCAUCAUUUAUGUAGAACAGGACUUGUGCAACAAAAUGUAGUUACUAUAGCACCAGGGGAAGAGCUAUUAAUAGUAUAAUGUGUAAUGUUGCAAUAGAUAUCCUUCCUGGCCAUUAGCUUUUCUAUAUAUUCUAUAUUUUAGCCAUCAAUGCCGGGGUAACAGAUACUGUCAAUUGAUUCAAGGUUGUGGGGACUUAAUGUGUGUUAACUUGGGAGAAAAAGGAGAUAGUUCACUGUGUUCUAAGUUUGCCAUGGACACUUCUGUACUAAUAUAGUGUAAGUCGGAGCAUGUUUUGGAUGAAUGGAUUGUCGGUGGGUGUUCAACACAAAAACCUUGAACAUAAAACCACCGCAUAUAUUUCACUAUUAAAAGUAAGUGAUAAACUUUAUUCUAUUUGGGGUGUAUAUGAUAUAAUCUUCUCUUGGAUGGAAGUUAAGGAUUUUUCACCCCACUGAAAUCUGGAGACAAGAUAUUACAUUUUAACUGUUAGAAAUAGCUUUACUUGGAGUAGAGUCUGCAACUAAGAGUUGCCAAUCUUGAAUCAUGCCAUAAAGGAAAAAAUAAAGUACUGAGGACAAA